UAUCAUCAAUUCAGGAUAUCAUAUUAUCAAUGGAAGCAACUAUUGCACGUAUCCCACAAACACUCACUCUUUGGGAGAAAACCUUUACAUCAGAAGAUUUUAUACCCAUUGCAUUCCCUAAUGUCUCCAAUCCAGUACUAAAGCUCAAAUUUAUGGUCCCGGAUCACACUGGCCAGAUAUCUCAUAUCCGCCGCAAUCUACUUUGCGACGGUGCACUCUGCAAGGGAGCCAAGGAUCUCAUACACGGUCAAUUUUUUCAUUGCCUAGACUGCGUCGAGAGUAUAGAUCUCUGCGAACGAUGCAUUACACAUCCACAAAACGCCCAUGACAAGUCCCAUACGUUGCUUAGUCUACACUGUAGACCGCACCAGCCUCAUGAGCAGUCGCGUCGGAUUGUCUCGACAGAACACGGGGUUCAUGACGAAGAAUUCUUAGAAUUCGAGCUAACAACACAGACUUUACGGCGGGACUUUCCUAUCGUCUGGGAAGGGCUGGAUCAAAGUCCUCCGGCAGCGAAUUGGCCUCUAGCGGAGGGCGAAAAGUUCAAACUACGAUUGAAGCGACCGGCCCAAAAUUGUUCCGUAUACACCAUUGCUUAUCCUAGGGACAGAAAGAAGCUUGCCAGUUUACGCGAGUUUGAAUCCGCUUCCAACCCAGAGAUUGAAUAUCAUUUAGAGUUCUAUGAUAGCCUUCCUUGGUCGCACGAUCGUGUUGUACCAGUGUCUAAUGGAUCAACUCCAGUUCCCCACCCGCUGGAUCGAAGCUUUAGACGGGUAAAUCAAAAUUCAGGGAGCGAUGAGUGCUUUCAACUUGCCCGAGAUUGGCUCCAAGGAUGCCGUUCGAGUCACCCAGAAUGCGAUCAUGCUUCCGUCAGAUCUCUCCCGACCCGAGUGCUCGACGUCCAAGGAGUUGAUUCUACGCGUGUAUUUCUUUGUCACACCGCUAACCUGGCGGGAGAGUACAUAGCCCUGAGUUACUGCUGGGGGCCACCACCCAAAGGCAUUCAAACCACGAAAGAAAAUCUACAUGAGCACCAGAACGCUGGGUUACUCAUCGAAGACCUGCCGCCAACUAUCCGAGAUGCUAUUCGCGCAACACAAGCGCUUGGCAUCAAAUAUCUUUGGGCUGAUCGCCUUUCUAUCAUCCAGGACGACGCAGAUGACUGGGCUCGCGAGGCCGGUAGAAUGUGCAAUAUCUACGAAGAUGCCGCACUUACACUUAGCGUUGAUGAUAGUGUCAGCGUUUGGGAUGGUAUAUUUGGGGACCAGAACCAUGCCAAUUUGAAGUACCAACAACUCGAGGGGUACCCACUGCUGUUCCGUGGGGAGACGCCUCACAAAGACCUCGACACGGAUUACGAUCACAAAGCUCCGCUGCAUCUUCGCGCUUGGACUUUACAGGAGCGGCUUAUGAGCCGUCGAAUUCUUCAUUUCACGUCCAACGAAUUGGUGUGGGAAUGCAAUCGGAAGACGGAGUGCGAGUGUAGACGCCAGUCCAGCGCCUCUCGUGGAAGGCUUAAUGCUAAAAUGCUUGCAAACAAAGCUCGCUUGUAUGAUGAGUGGAGAGUCCUGGUGCCAGAAUACACUUCAAGAUCAUUGACUGUGGAGUCAGACAAGCUGGCCGCCCUCUCCGGUCUUGUCACAAGAUUCCAAAAUCUCAUGACGCAAGUUGCUGGAGAAUCAGAUGCGUGUCUCGCAGGCCUCUGGAGCGGUAAUUUAGCCGCUGAACUUGCCUGGCUACCCUCCGAUGGACACGCACAGUCACUCUGGCUCAAAAGCAGUGACGGAAAGGAGGAUCCCGAACUUCCGACUAAUGCCGCAGAAAUAGAGCGAUGGGUCGCAGAGAAGGUAUCAAAACACAAAAGGCGCACUCCCGAGACCUAUAUCGCACCAUCUUGGAGCUGGGCAUCAAUACAAGGGCCGGUGUCAUACUUUAGAUGUUAUCCGCCAUCGCCAUUCGCGAACCAGAUCAACGCUACUCAAGCAGCAAUCAAGUUGAAGAACAAACUUCAACCUAACGGGCCAGUUGAACGGGCUAGGCUCACGAUCCGAGGUCACAUUGUCAGCAAUCUACGUCUUUUCGCCAACCACAACCUGGUUCAUAUCAAAGACCGGACAGGAAAAGGUCCUAAGGAGGUGUGCACAGUAACAUGUGCAGGCAAAUACGCCAUCAAAUUCCGACCAGACGACCAUCUCGGCGCCAUUCGCGACUACGGCAACAAAUCAAUGACCGUCAAAUGUCUUCUCCUCGGCACCCAGGACGUUGUCGAAAUUGUCGGAACGCCCUCAACUAUAACAAUGAACUACCCAGAGGCUCGACUCGAAGCUUUACGGGAAGACGACACUGGCCUGAAGGAACUCUCCGAAGAACAACAACAGCAGGUGUCCAGCAAAGAGAGUCAGAAUGGAGGAUCGAACCUUUUGCCGGAUAUAUUUGGCGCAGAGGAAAAACGCAACUUGAUUCGCUGUUCGUUCUACAUCAUUCUGGCGCCGUCCGUGGAUCAAGCAGGGGACUUUGUGAGAAUAGGUUGUUUUGAAGUAGGCAAGAGUCGUGGUAGCGCAAGAAUAAUGCGCAAGAUUAUGGAGAUGUCAAAAUGGGAGGAAGUUACGAUUCUUUGAGGACGUUCUGGAGUAGGAUAGGAAAAGGGAUUGCUGAGUAUAAAUACCGGAAAAUCUAUGGUAAAUCUUUCUACUAGUUACCUACUACAAAAUUGAUGCCUAGUAAACUUCUUUACAGCCAUUGCUUGUUCCCGUACUGACUAAGGAAAGCUCCGCCAUCACGCCAUGACCCGAGUGCCUAUCAAUUAGACACUCAAUUUGGGUCCUUUAGAGCCUAAUUCGAUGCCACGGUGCCGGAGAUUCGAUUUACAGCGCCU